AUGUCCGACUUGAUUGAGUUGCAAAAAAAUCACCUGCUCAGCAUAAUUGGUGAAAUACAAACUGAACACAAUGUCAAGUUCCUGAUUAUUGAUGCGGAAGUCGAAAGGCUGCUGUCAUAUCUGUUUGUAACGCCGCAGGAAUUACUUAGUUAUGUUACCGCUGUGGAUAGGAUAGAUUCGCCGAAAAGAAAAGGACAGCCGUCAGUGGAGGCAAUUUACCUUCUGGCGCCAACAAAGUUGAACAUCAACUGCAUGGAUGUCGAUUUCUGUAAUCGUCCACCUAAAUAUAAGAGAUGUCAUGUGAGAUUUUUGCCAGAGCCUGCCCCACAUGUAGCUGAAUUCUUCAAAACGAAAAGAUAUGUUGUUCAAUAUUUGGCGUCUGUUAAGGAGAUUCCUUUGGCAUUCAUACCGAAAGAGUCGCAGUUUUUUUUGACCAUGGGAAUUGAUAAGCCAAUGCAGAGUUUUUUCAAUAAACAAUGUGCAGACUUGAUCACUAAAAACAUGAAAAGGACCAUCAAUUCAUUAUUGAAUUUAUGCAUUGUUACAGGUGAAUAUCCUAUCAUUAGAUAUUCUGAGCCCUCUCCGAACCAAAUCGAAUUAGCACCAGCGACCAUUUUAGCAAAAAAACUGGCAUUUGAGUUCCAAGAAGUUCUGGACAAUUAUGCCAGAGAGCAUGAGGAUUUUCCUCCACCUUCUACAAGACCUAGGUCUAUCUUUUUAAUUGCAGAUAGGACAUUGGAUUUUAUUAGUCCUAUAGUGCAUGAUUUUCAUUACCAAGCAAUGGCGUAUGAUUUAGUUCCCGAACUGGAUACAGGCACGGAUGUAUAUCAUUAUAAGGCUGAGAACGAAAAAGGAGAAGAGGAGGAGAAAACCACCAAGCUUCUAGAUAAUUUGGACCCAGAUUGGGUUGAUCUGAAACAUCAACAUAUUAUGGAUGCAAGUACUUAUCUUGAGGGUAAAAUUAAGGAAAUGAUUGCCAAAAAUCCACUAUUGGUCGAUCGAUCAAACGUUAAAACUACAACGGAUCUUUUGAGUGUGGUGGCACAUUUGAAAGAUUUUGAUGAAGAGAGAAGAAGGCUCAUUUUACAUCGUAAGUUAAUAGACCAGUGUUUCCAUAUUAACAAUGAAAGAAAACUAGCAGAAUACGCUGAAAUAGAGCAAAAUUUGGCGGGGUUUGGUUUCGAUAUCGAUGGCGAAAAGUGCAAGCAUAUUACUGAUUCAUUUCUAGUAGUUCUUGCUAGCAAGAGCUUGCACGUAACCGACAAAAUUCGUUACAUUAUUAUUUAUGCAUUGUAUCGAGGCGGUAUAGUUGAAACUGAUUUUUCCAAGCUGUUGUCGUUUAUUGGUGUGGAAACUGAGCAUGAGCACUUCAGUCAUUUCAUGCUCCUGUUCAGAAAUUUCAACGAGCUGGGCUUCAAACUGAUCAAAGAUGAACCUCGUAACAAACCAUUUAAAAAAGAAUGGUUACAUGAUACUGUAGUGAAAGAUCCUAAUGUUUUCGUGACAUCAAGAUUUAUUUCAGCUGUAGGUAAUAUUUUGUCAAAGCUCAUAACAAAUCCACUGUUACUCAGCGAAGAGGUUUUUCCCUACACAAAAGAUAAACCUAUAGAGCUUCUUGAGGGCGAAGUUCAGGAAAUCUCCUCUGGUACUAACAGUUCCACAUCUUUAAGAAACCCACGUCACAAGGCUGCAUGGACCAAGAACAGUAGUAGCUCAAAAAAGACGCCGCGGCAAAGGUUUUUUUAUUAUAUUUUAGGCGGUAUAUCCUAUGCUGAAGUGCGGGAAGCUUAUGAGCAAUCAGAGCUGAAAAAAAGAGAUGUCUUCAUCGGAAGCGAUGGUAUAAUCACGCCGCUUGCAUUUCUCAAAAGUGUGGAGAAUUUGACCGCUCAAAGAGCCUCUUUAAAUCUAAAGGACGAUCAAAAGGAAGUUGAAAAGGUUCCUCAGUACCUCUACGAGUCGGUAGCCCCAAUAGCUCAGCCCGUUAGCCAUGUACAUAUACGAAGUCAAAAUGCACCUCCUAUAUCAGCUCCGGUGACAAAUGCCGCUGCCAAGGAGCCUCAAAAGGAGAAAAAACGUGGUAAAUUUAGCAGAUUUCUCAAAUCGCGGGAGAAGUAA